AAGGGCAUCAACGUGGAACAACAUGACCUUCUCCGCGUUGGAAUGAACGGGCUGUGAGCCGAGGCUCCGCGGUGCUGAAAGGACAGCUCCCCCUCCGCUCUGCAACACCUGCAGAUAUGUUCACCAGGAUGUUAAAACUGAGGCUUCUCAAUGCUGUAGCGCCGGCCUACUUCUUCAUGGCCACAGCAGUCACCUUCAUUUUACACUUCUGCUUCUUCAUCCCGACAAUCUUCCCCGACCCGAACGCAUCGCUGAGCUCGUCCACAGCUCUGCACACAAUUGUUUUCCUUUUCUUGAUGUUCAACGCAUUGGGGAACUACAUCAUGACCAUUAAAUACCCCGCCGAGAGUGCCAACGAGACCGUGGUCCCGGUGUGUUCGGCGCACUGCUCAGACAAAGUGGACGCACACUACCUCCUCAAUGGUCGCCACUUCUGCAAACUGUGUAAGAAAGUCAUCCUGAAGCGGGACCACCACUGCUUUUUUACCGGAAACUGCAUUGGUAACAAAAACAUGCGCUACUUCAUCAUGUUCUGCAUCUACACCUCGUGCACCUGUUUGUACUCUUUGGUUCUUGGCGUGGCCUUUCUAACAGUGGAGUACUCCCUCUCCUUUGAGAACCCGCUGACCUUCCUGACUCUCCUCCCGCUCUCCACCGGUUACUUCUUCACAGGAACAAUCUCGGGCCUGCAGUUGUUCCUGGUGCUGAUGCUCUAUGUGUGGCUUGGCAUCGGUCUGGUCUGCGCGGGCUUCUGUUGCCAGCAGGUGCUGCUGGUGGCCCGGGGACGGACCUGGUGUCAGAUGCAGAGGGGCCAGCUGGUGGAGAACCGCAGCCCCUGGAGAAGCAACCUCAAGGAUGUGUUCGGUACCCGCUGGAUCCUGGGCCUCAUCCUGCCCGUGCAGACUGCGGAGACGAGCUCUGAGGACCCGGAUGCACAUAAGCAAGACUGAGCGAAAGCCACGUGUCAUCAAAAAGCUUCCCCAUAGGUCACAGAAGUGGCACUAGUUGUAGUAAAAAGGCUUCCUUGGGAUCCGUGUGGUGAUUGAUUUGAAACGCUAAGUGGAUGCAUUUUGACUUUUGCAGUAGUUCAUGAAUUAAUUAGUUGUUAGCAUACAUUCCUUUAAGGACAAGAGCCAUAUAUCAAUGUGAAACUUUUGAAUAGGUGCAUAGUGUAAUUAGGUAAGUAGAUUUUGACACGGUAAUAUUAAGAGUAAUAAGUCGGUUGUUUGGGACAUCCAGCAGAUUUUCAUGCAGCGCUACACACUUGCAUCGCAAUAUAAAGACGGCUUUGCAUAAGUGCAUGCAAUCCCAGCUUCAUUUUUAUAAAUCGCAUUAUUGAUAUCAAGGCCUGCACCAAUUGAUGCUUUGAGAUUAGCAACCAAGUGUGUAUUUUCUGCAACAAUGUGACAUUCAGGAAACUUGGGGUAGUUUUCACAACAAUAAUUGACUUUUACAUUAAGGGCUAGGAGGCAACGCAUGGGGUCUAAAGCAUAAACUGCCAGGCUUUACACCAUUGUUCUGACAUUAAACUGUCACAUGUAGAGACUGAUUUUUACUCAAAUGAAUGUGGACACAGAGCUGCCAUCUGCUCCUUUGUGAGAAUGGGUUGGGGAAAGAUGAAAGAUUACCAUGUGAUUAUAUGCAGGGUAUUAUUCACAAUGUGCCAUAAACAUGUCUUAUACGCUUACAGAUGACCCCGAGGACGAUGUAUUCAGUAAACUGCUAAUGAUAGGGGCUUCUGUUUAAUAAGAAUAAUAAGAAGUUUCACUGUAAUGCUGCUGCUACAGCUACUGACGUAUUCAACAUCAUGUUGAAGCUGUUUUGGAUUUCAACAAAUAUACUUUUUAGAGCUAUUUUGUCUAUUCCUGUUAUACCAAUAAAAGUAUUAGAUCUUAA